UGUCAGGCGCUCUUUCUAAACCUGUGGGAUUUUUUUUUUUCUUGGGUUUGUUCCGUAUGAAUUUUUUUCUCUGUUUUUGUUUUGUUUUAACUUUGUUUUGACUCAGUAAACACGUUUGUACGUGCAAAAAAAUCCAAACAUUGUCAUUAAGGAGAAAAGCAAUUUUUGAGGAGAGAUUAAUUGUUCAUCAAAGUGACACAGUAGAUCAUCAACAUCAAGGUUCAGGUCAUUGAAGAAAAAGAAACAGCCAGAAGCUGACCUACAAGGAAAGAAUCCUCCCUUCCGGUUGACAAGAAGAAGAAGUUUGUAGACACCAUGGGGAGCAAGCCAGCACCACCUCCACCUCCAGCACCACCUCCAGCACCACCUCCACCUCCACCUCCUGAUACGCUACGCUGUUCAUCCUCUCUACCACCCUGCCGUCCUCCUCCUUCCUGCCCUCUGGCAGCAGCAAUGGUCUUCGAUCAAGGGAAUGCCGCGAACCCACCACCCAGCCAGCAGCAGUCCGGCUCAGGCAGUGGUAAUAGGAAUCAGCCUUCUCCAGCAGCAGUUGGGGUGAUAACGACCGUGAACCAGAAUGGUUCUACUGUCCCCUUGCAGGAGACAAAUCCCACGUCCACAUACAUACCCGCUCCAGACACUCUGCAGACCCAGCAAGAGGACCAGGUGAGUCCAGAGGAUGCUGAAGAGCUGAAUGACCCGGUGCAGGAGAGCGCGGAUGGAGAAGGAACAGGGGAUAGCGAUACGGCUUGCGUGGGAGCUCAAACAGCCCCUUGAAAAUACCAAGUAACAGCUUCUUCUUGCAGAGGUUAUGGCACAGCUCUUAGGAGCGUUCUCCAAAAACAGUAUCGUCAGUUUCAACUCGACAAGGUUGCACAUUUGAUUGAGCAUCUAUCUACCCCAACUGUUCCAGAUAACCCCUUCCUGCCUGCUCGCAUCCUGCAGCACACCUUUACACGUGAUACGGGCACACAGACCUCGCCUGACCUCCCUGCUGUUUUCCACCAGGACACACAAACUGGCGAUGAAGAUUCUGACGGCCUUUGCACAGCUGCAUCAACUCUUCCUCCUCUCACUCCGCACUCCACAUCUUCUCCUGAUCCUUCCUGCUGGUCUCCAACUGAUUAUUCACCAACUUCCCCCAUUCUAUCAUUUACUAAUCAUCUUCCCAUACCUUCUAAUGAGUCUGAUCUUGAUUGCUCUCCCAUGUCUUCUCCAACUUCUAAGGCCUACGAGCUUUUUAACCCCAAUAAACCUGCUUAAGUCUGGUUGCGUGAUGGAUUGUAGCCUGUUAGAAGACUGGAAGUCCUUAGUUCACCUCUCAAAAGUAUUUGUGUCUAUAAACAUCUCAUUACCAUCAGAAAUUUAUGUUGUCAUUGUUCACAAACAAAAUCAUCAAAAUGUUGUCGUGUUGUUUGUAUGAUGGUGCACUGUUUCAGUAUUUCUUGAUAUAAACUAUGGU